AUGCGCACGUCCGGAAAUGGAGAAGAAGAAGAAGAAGAAGAAGAAGAAGAAGAAGAAGAGCAGGAAGAAGAAGAAGAGGACGUGGAGAAUGUGGAGGAGGAAUUACAUGAAGAAUUAGAUAAAAUCCACAUGUCCGGAAAUGGAGAAGAAGAAGAAGAAGAAGAAGAAGAAGUGAAGAAUGUGAAGGAGAAAGAAAAGAAGACAACUUCACACUCUCGCUCGCAGAUCGCGCGAGCUUAUGAUUCCGGCCGAACGUUUAUGACAUUGUUAAGCUCUGAGAACCUUCGCAUAUAUUACGGCAGCGUCUGGAUUCCGAAGACAGGACUUCUUCGGGGUUUUCCCGCGGCGCCCUAG